CCCGGCCGGCAGGUAUGCAGGUGUCUAUCGCGUGUACCGAGCAGAACCUUCGCAGCCGGAGCAGCGAGGAUCGUCUGUGUGGACCCCGGCCCGGCCCCGGGGGCGGUAAUGGUGGGCCAGGCAGCGGGGGGCACGGGAAUCCUCCUGGGAGUGGAGGAUCGGGCCCCAAGGCCCGAGUUGCACUGAUUCCCCGACCCCCAGUGCCCGCUGGGGCCCUUCGAGAGAGCACUGGCCGAGGCACUGGCAUGAAAUACAGGAACCUAGGAAAGUCGGGUCUUCGAGUGUCCUGUCUUGGCCUGGGUACUUGGGUCACAUUUGGUUCUCAGAUCUCAGAUGAGACAGCAGAAGAUGUACUGACAGUAGCCUAUGAGCAUGGUGUAAACCUGUUUGACACCACUGAAAUAUACGCAGCAGGAAAGGCCGAGCAAGUCCUAGGCAACACCCUCAAGAGCAAAGGUUGGAGGAGAUCAAGCUAUGUUAUCACCACAAAAAUUGUUGGGGGAGGACAGGCAGAAACUGAGAGAGGCUUAAGCCGCAAACACAUCAUUGAAGGCUUGCGAGGAUCCCUGGAACGUCUCCAGCUGGGAUAUGUUGACAUAGUCUUCGCCAGUCGUUCAGACCCCAACAGUCCCAUGGAGGAGAUUGUGCGAGCCAUGACCUAUGUUAUCAACCAGGGCCUUGCCCUGUACUGGGGGACAUCCCGAUGGAGUGCAAUGGAGAUCAUGGAGGCCUACUCCAUGGCCAGACAGUUUAAUCUGAUCCCUCCAGUGUGCGAACAAGCAGAGCCCCACCUGUUCCAGAGGGAGAAGGUGGAGAUGCAGCUGCCUGAACUCUACCACAAGAUUGGUGUUGGCUCAGUCACUUGGUCUCCUCUGGCCUACAGCCUCAUUACUAGCAAGUAUGACGGGCGAGUCCCAGAUGCCUGCAGGGCCACCAUCAAGGGCUACCAGUGGCUCAAGGACAAAAUGCAGAGUGAGGAUGGCAAGAAGCAACAAGCCAGAAUCACGGACCUUCUCCCCAUUGCUCACCAGCUGGGCUGCACUGUGGGCCAACUUGCUAUAGCCUGGUGUCUCCGCAGUGAGGGUGUCAGCUCAGUCCUGCUGGGGGUGUCAAGUGCAGAGCAGCUCAUGGAACAUCUGGGUGCCCUACAGGUGCUCAGCCAGCUUACACCGCAAAUCGUGGUGGAGAUAGAUGCACUGUUGGGGAACAAGUCACAUUCCAAGAAAUAAUGCACUGAGGCACGGGAGGCCAAACCAGAGCGGUACCAACUACCUGACAGCCGCCCGCGGGCAGCGGCCUCGCCUCCUCCCGACGCAGCCUGCAGAGCCAGGGCAGCCCCGCCCACCGGCGAGGCCCGACCUCGAGUAGCGACGCGCAUGAACAAAGCCAUAUCCUUCCGCAGCGGGGCUCGAGAGAGCCGGUAGCCAGCCCGCCCCUGCGGCGUCCUCCCGGGCCCUCUCGCUAAUCCCAGGCAUGAGCUACGGGUGUCAGCCCUCCUUUCUUCUCCCUGUUGCCAAGGCACAGAAAACACUCAGGCAGGUGCGAGAAACACGCAGGGCGCCUCAAAAGUGGCCCUUGAAAUGUCAUUAAGGGUAAGAACCUAUUGAGUUGUGAUGUCAUUUGGGACGCAGGAGAUGGGGGCCUUAUUUAUACAGAGGAAGCCAGGCUGGUCCUGGUAGGAAGUAAAUUAUUUGGAAAUCAGAACCCUGCAUCCUAGCCUGAAGGACUUAAAAAAAAAAAAGUCUGGAAUUAGUAGUCUUGCUACAUGGACGACAGGGGGUUUCUCUUACUCUUCCUUCUGGCAAUAAGCCUAAAGCAAUAACGAUGGCCCCUUUCUGUAAGACUUCCCUAACUGUAAAUAAAAUCUCAGCUUGACCCUCA